UAUCUUCCCAACUUUUUGCAUCACGAAGAAGAUAAUGCUAGCUAACAGGAACCAUCUCAGAGAUUCACUCAAAUCUCCUAAAUUUUGCUUUAUGGGUACAAUAAUGCUGUUAACAGAAACCCAGCUCCAGAUUUACUCAAAUCUCACUGAAAAGUUUCUAACUAUAUAAGCCUUGUGAUCUCUCACAACUAAUCUAUACAUAAUCACCAGUAGGUUCUCCUACCUCAGUUCUUCAAUCCACUACAUCCUUACAAAUAUUCUUUCACGUGUACUCAAACACGAACAUUAUCAUAAUGAGACUGUCCUGCCACCGCCACGCUCCAUAAGAGUAAACGCAGCUGAAGAGAGAAGACCCAAUAGGCAACAGUAUCAAUAGCUCAAAGGCCCGACCACGUAUGUGAAAUCUAAAGUUCAUCCUAUAAUCUCAUUUCCAACAAUACCAAGGUUACAGUCAGUAACAAUCAGUAUGGGGGAUGAGCCUCAACAGCUCCAUGUAGUUUUUUUCCCAUUUAUGGCCCAAGGCCACAUGCUUCCAACAAUUGAUAUAGCAAGGCUCUUUGCAGAUCGCGGUGUGAGGACAACCAUUAUCACCACCCCUCUCAAUAUGCCCACCUUCACCACACCUAUCAGGAUCAGCCAGAACGGAGGCCCAAUUAUCAACAUAGAACAGUUCAGGUUCCCAGCACAAGAAGCUGGCCUUCCCGAAGGAUGCGAGAACUUGGAGAAUGCUGGGGAUAGAUUGGUCCCCAAGUUCUUUGAAGCUGCAGCCAUGUUAAGCAAGCAGCUUGAGCAAUACUUAGAGAAGAUCAGACCCAACUGCCUCGUGGCAGAUAUGCUUUACCCAUGAGUAACUGACUCUGCAGCCAAGUUUGGCAUCCCAAGGGUAGUCUUCCAUGGGACUAGCUUCUUUUCCCUGUGCGUGACAGAAAUUUUAUGGCUAUACAAGCCUUAUGAGAAUGUUUCAUCUGAUGAAGAGCCCUUUGUUAUUCCUUCCAUUCCCCAUGAAGUCCAAUUGACAAGAUCACAGCUUCCAGACGAUUUAUGCAUAAAUGAGGAAACAGAGUUCAAAAGGAUGAUAAUGAAAAACAAGGAAUCAGAGCUCAAGGGUUAUGGGGUAAUUGUAAAUAGCUUCUAUGAGUUGGAACCAUACUACGCUGAGUUUUUUAGGAAAGAAUUGGGACGGAGAGCAUGGAAUAUAGGUCCUGUAUCCAUGUGCAACAAAAGCAUCGAGGAUAAAGCUCAGAGAGGCAAAGAGGCUUCAAUAAACAAACAAGAGUGCUUGGAAUGGCUUAACUUGAAAAGGCCGGAUACGGUAAUCUACAUCUGUUUUGGAAGCAUAGCAAACCUUAUAGCUCCUCAACUGCAUGAGAUUGCAAUGGCUCUAGAAGCUUCAGGACAAGAAUUCAUCUGGGUCAUGAAGAACAAUGAUGAUGAAAAGAGUGAAGAUUUGUUUCCACCAGGAUUCGAACAACGGAUGGAAGACAAAGGCCUCAUAAUAAGAGGGUGGGCUCCACAAGUGUUAAUUUUGGAGCAUGAAGCCAUAGGAGCUUUUCUGACUCACUGUGGGUGGAAUUCAACACUAGAAGGGAUCACCACUGGUGUGCCAAUGGUUACAUGGCCUAUUUUUGCUGAGCAAUUCUACAAUGAAAAAUUGGUGACUCAGGUUCUAAAGACUGGCAUCCCUGUGGGAGUUAAAAAGUGGAAUAAGAUGCUUUCCGUAGAGGAUAUCGUGAAGCAGGAAUCUAUCCAGAAGGCAUUGCGAGAAAUAAUGGCGGGAAAAGAGGCAGCCGAGAGGAGAAAUAGAGCAACUAAGUUUAAGGAAUUGGCAUGGAAAGCUGUUGAAGAGGGUGGUUCAUCAUAUUUUGACUUAAGUGCAUUCAUCAAUGAGCUGAGGACUUAUAACCUUCAAAAGCAAGAAAAGUGAUGAUAACAAUCAAAGUCUAACUAACAUCCUCUUUCCUGUAUUUCCUCCUCCCCCCCCCCCGGUCUUUCUCCUCUUGGAUAUGCAAAUGACCAAACUGUUGUCAUUGUAAUAAGAUGGAAGUAUCCACACCAAAAAAAAGAGAGAAAUCUGAAGUUGUACAUAAUCUGAAAGGCACUUCUCAUGCAACAAAUAUAGACAGUAUAUCAAGUGUCUCUCUUGCAUAUAUACAACACCAACUUCUUUGAGGUUAAUUAGAAACAAUUCUAGCAUGUCAGAAGUGGGCUGAAGAUCUUUCACAGGCUUCCGAGAAACAUACAGUAAAGUGUUCUCUUAUGCACCAAAAAAAUUAGUGUUGCAUUUACAUUUUCAAUAAUGGUACUCAACUGUAUGCAAAAUCUAUUGCUAUAUACUACUUGCUCUUGCAUAUUUAUCUAAGAA